UGAGCUCCAGGGACCGAGAUGCCCUGAGAACGCAGCGUGUCGCUGCGCCUUCAGAGUCCAGUAGCUAAAAGGUACGCACGGACUAGCGGCUAGACUGAAAUCUUGCAGCCUUCCCGCCUUCUGGAGUCAGGGCGCUGGAUUCUAAGCAGCCUGGAUCUCAGCACUCCGGUCGCGGAGCGCAGAGAGCCUCGCUGGUCCAGGUGCUGAAACGCGGAGGCCGGCUGCUGCGGCCCGGGAGCCACGGGCGGGCGGGAGCUGUCCAGUGCUGAACCCGGAUGCAGCCCGGCCCGCGGCGCUCAGAACCCCGCCUGCCGCACCCCGGGGAGCCCGGACAGGGCUGCGACCAGUGCUGACGCAGAACGCUGAGAGAGCAAGAGGCAGCGGGCUCCCGGCCGGGCAAUGGAACUGCAGAGACUCGACUCCUAUCAAGGGGGAGCUGGCCCUGACUUCUAUGAGCACGUCCUGCAUAAGACCAUCCUGGUGGGCGACAGCGGCGUGGGGAAGACGUCCCUGCUGGUCCAGUUCGACCAAGGCAAGUUCAUCCCCGGCUCCUUCUCAGCCACCGUGGGCAUCGGAUUCACAGUCAUGCUUCUGGGAGACUCAGGCGUCGGCAAAACCUGUUUCCUGAUCCAAUUCAAAGACGGGGCCUUCCUGUCCGGGACCUUCAUAGCCACGGUCGGCAUAGACUUCAGGAACAAGGUGGUGACUGUGGAUGGAGUGAGGGUGAAGCUGCAGAUCUGGGACACCGCCGGGCAGGAGCGGUUCCGUAGCGUCACCCACGCUUAUUAUCGCGACGCCCAGGCCCUGCUCCUGCUGUACGACAUCACCAACCAGUCUUCCUUCGACAACAUCAGGGCCUGGCUCACCGAGAUUCACGAGUAUGCUCAGAGGGACGUGGUGAUCAUGCUGCUGGGCAACAAGGCGGAUGUCAGCAGUGAGAGGGUGAUCCGCUCGGAGGAUGGAGAGACACUGGCCAGGGAGUACGGAGUGCCCUUCCUGGAGACCAGCGCCAAGACGGGCCUGAAUGUGGAGCUCGCAUUUCUGGCCAUUGCCAAGGAGCUGCGGUACAGGGCCAGCCGGCAGGCCGACGAGCCCAGCUUCCAGAUCCGAGACUACGUGGAGUCCCAGAAGAAGCGGCCCAGCUGCUGCUCCUUCGCCUGAACCCCGGGGCACUGAGCGGAGACCCCAGAGGCCUCGACGAUGCCGCCUCCUCCCGCAGACCUGGUUUCCUCUGAGCAGCUGAGGGAGAUAGUUGGGGGACCCCAGUGCCCAGGGCACUCUCUCAUCUCUGCUUCAGUUCCUGUAGCUUCCCUGCCUCCUGGGGGGAGGGUAAAAUAUGUAUAUUUCAUUUUAAUGAUACAUAAUUUAAUACCCAAGAAAAAAGCACCAGAAAGUCAAGGUAUUCCGCAGCUGACCUGUGGCCCUCUUACCUUCCAGAACUAGGAUUUAGGGGGCGGGGCCUCCCUGGAAGGCUUGGCCUGGGUGGUAUGUGCCAGUUCAGCACCAGGGGGCGUAAAUGCACUUCUGGGGCCACAGGGCAGCAGCAACCACCUUUCCUCAGCAGGAGAAAGAGGCUAAGCUCGCCCAGCCUGCCUCACCUCCAGCUCCUGGGGGAGGGGUUGCCCAGUCAGAGGGCAGGUGUGCUCCCAGGGGUGCCCAAGAAGAGGCCAGGUGUGCUGGGGCCAGAACAAAGCCUCCGGGAAGAUAAGAGGAGCCGACUGGGCGGCACCCAGGUCCCUGGGGGUAGAGGGUGAAGCGUCGCAGUGUUGCUGCGAACUCCUUUUCCCCCAGCGAGCGAGCACUUUGGGUUACCUGGGAACACUUGGUUCCUGUUUUCUGGACCUCAGAUUCCUGGGGGAGCCCCUCCUCCCUGGAUCCUUGGUCUUAUUUGCCUUUCUGCCUGUGUCCCUGGCUACCUAAGGUCACAGCUAAUCAGUCCCACCUUGGGCAGGUAUGCAGCCCCACAGGCUUCUUGAGAGAGCAGUCGAUUCUCUGUGGGCUAAAGAGGACUAAAGGAAGAAAGGAGCCCCGGUCGAGAGCAGGUGGAGGGGGCAUAGCCCACACCUUGGCCGCACCCCCCUGCCAGGUUAGGGCACCGGAGGCUGUCCGGUUCAGGUAGCCCGGUGGAUGUGUGGAAAACAAGGUCAUGUGCCCAAGACCCGGGUGGGGAGUGGGGCAGCGGGCUUUUGCGCGCUGCGGAGCGAAGGUCACGCGCCUCCCAAAGCCCUGGCCCCCAGCACCUGGAAGUGGACUGGCGACAAGGCGGGUCACCACCUCCGUCCCAGACGCACUUUUAUUCCACCUCUUCGGGCUGGGGCAGGAGACGGGAAGAAAGGUAUCCGCUGCGCAUUUCUGUGGCCAGUGCGUUUGCUUUCAAGGCAAAAAUUUGCUCUCAGAGCAGAGUCAGCAGCUCCAACUUAAGUCCGAUAAGGAAGCUCUCCGGCCUCUCCCAGGAGGAGAGGGGAGGCGCUGACCUUGCCGGGCUCUUCUGGGGCCCUAGGCAGGCUGCAGGCGACCCAGUCGCGUCGGCUGCUUGGGACGCUAGCGUGUGUUUUGCAGAAUUAAAAGCAGUAUUUUGGAAAGUC